AUGAGUGCCGGUGAUGUUGUUAGCGAUGCGGCGCAUACAUUGUUACCUACGCCAGAAGAGCUAGAAGCUCAGGGAAGAGCCGAGACGAAUUCGCUCCCGAAAGAAAAUGACCUCUUGCACAAUCUACCGAAAGCCAUGGCCCAACUACAGCAGCCUUUAGUCGACCUCCAUGACAUUCCGAUUUUGCGGCUCGCAGCUAUUCGCAUUACUGGGCUCAAGGAUACACGGAAUGGAUUUUUGGCUGGGAUGUGCAGGCCGUAUGUGGAUCCUACAGCGCCGGAAGCUUUCUUGUCUGAUCUGCGCUAUGGGCAUCGUAUGUACUUCCCUCUUCCUGGCCAACCUACUACGAUUCAUGCUAUCCUGCAAUCAGCGACAUCGUUCAGCGCUGACAUAUCGCGAAUGGAUUUAGCCAAAGACAUUUCUGUCGAGCUUGAGCCUUCUACUGUAUCUGACCGUCAUCCACAUGAAGACGUCGAUGUGGUUCUCCGUAUUCGCCCAGCUAGCCGCUUUUUCCUGAAGACAAGCACUAGUGUCGGCAAUAGUGAGGGAACUGCCUCUGUCCAGGGAAAAAUCAGGAACCUGUUUGGUGGUGCUGAGAGUCUGGAAGGUAGUGCUACACUCGGAACGCGAACGAAGCACAAUUACAACGUCGCGUUUGCUACUCCUGUCCUCUCCUGCCCCGACUUGUGGGCCAAUGUCUCCGCUAUGUCACAACAUCGUGACCUGACUGGCUAUUUAAGCGCUCACGAGGCUCAGCAUGUGCUCCGAUCCGCUCUGAUGUAUGCUCAUUUGAAUGGCACUCGACAUGAACUUGCCUAUGAGGCCAGCCACCGCCACUUCCACCAUAUUUUGCCUGAGGCCUCCGUUGCUUUGCGACGCCUUGCGAAGCCGUCCAUCAAGUCUGCCAUAACGUAUACCAUGGAGAGGGAUUUACGCGACCCUUCUUCCGCAAAUUUGGUGGGAUCGUAUUUCAAGACCGUGUUGGAGUAUGCAGGCUUGGGAGGAGAUACAUCCUUUAUGAAGAUGGAAACACAGGCGAGUGUAUCUGACAUGUUAUCAGAAGGAUGGUCAUGGUCACUGGGAUUCCGAACUGGUAUCAUGAAAACCUUGGACAAUCGAGCCCCAUGCUUGAGCGAUCGAUUUAUGCUUGGUGGACCUACUUGCGUUCGCAUGUUCCGUAUGAACACACUAGGUCCCAAGCAAAAGCGUACGUAUGACAUGUGUAUCUCAUUUUCAGACGAAUCUUUGGGUGGCGACGCCUAUUGGGCAGCGGGAGCUAGUCUUCUGGCCCCUAUUCCCACUCGGUCCCACUGGCCACUUCGGCUCCAUACUUUCCUCAAUACUGGACAACUUAUGCAGAUGCAGCCUCAUCAACCAUUGGGACUGCGCACAUUUUCGGAGCUCAUGCAACCUUCUGCUUCUGCAGGUGUGGGUGUGCUAUUCCAACAAGGACCUGUGCGCUUAGAGUUGAACUUCGGACUUCCUUUGCUGGCGCGCGUGGGCGACGGGGCGAGGAAAGGUAUCCAAUUCGGUAUCGGACUAGACUUUUUGUAG